AUGACGCUGCCCUCCGUCCGCAGCGCCAGCGCCGGCGCCGGCGGCGCCCCGUCAAAGUCAGACAGUCCAGGCACCCAGGCCUACACCGCCCAGACCUACACCGCCCACCGUCCACCAUCCACAUCUUCUCCCCCGACAGCACCAGCCACACAUCACUCGUCCAAGGUCAAGGCUGGUCAGCUCUGGGGAAAGAGCAAGGAUGACCUCACCAAGCAGUUGGAGGAGUUGAAGACCGAGCUCAGCCAGCUCCGUGUCCAGAAGAUCGCCAACGGUGCCUCGUCGAAGACCACGAGAAUCCACGACGUUCGCAAGUCGAUCGCUCGCGUUCUCACCGUCAUCAACGCCAAUCAGCGUGCCCAGCUCCGCCUGUUCUACCAGAACAAGAAGUACGCUCCCCUUGACCUCCGCGCCAAGCAGACCCGCGCCAUCCGCCGCCGCCUCACCAAGCACGAGGCCACCCUCAAGACCGAGCGCCAGCGCAAGAAGGAGAUCCACUUCCCCCAGCGCAAGUACGCUGUUAAGAAACCUUAAGGGGCAAAGGGAUGGAGUUUGUUUUUCUUUGAAGACGGGGGAACACGCCAAUUGUUCUGCAAACCAAAAGACUUGAU